AUGCGGCUGUCCACAAUUCAAGUCUGCAUUGGAGCUUUUGCUUCGGCUGCGGAGGCAACUGUCGUCACGGACAAUGCUGCACUCGCUGCCAACAAGACGUUUGACUUUGUGGUUGCCGGCGCCGGCCUGUCCGGAAUUACAGUGGCAAACAAGCUUAGCGGUCAAGGGCAUUCUGUGCUUCUGAUUGAAGCUGGCCCAGAUGGCUCAUGGAAUCCAGUAGUAUGGGAUGCAGAACGUCACGUGUAUCCAGCUGUUUUCUGUAAUUGGAACUACCCCGUCUAUGACGAUGCCGGCAAUAAACUAAACUUUACGCUUGACGCCGGCGCUUGCAUUGGCGGAUCAACGUCUAUAAAUGGAAUGGUAUGGUACAGGCCAACUAAAGCCGAGAUUGAUAAGCUGGAAACGCUGGGCAACCCUGGGUGGAACUGGGACAAUCUUGAGCCUUAUAUGAAAGCAAUAGAGCGCAAUCAUCCACCGACAGCCGACCAAAUCGCUCAAGGUGCCGGCUACGACCCGGAAGUGCACGGCUACCACGGACAAGUUAACACAUCUUUUCCUACGCCCAUGCGUAUCCCCACGGCGGUACAGCUUUACAAGAAGGGCCUGCCGCUCGUGUUCACGGGGCUCGAGAUCGGAAACGAUCUCUCCAACCGCACUUCAGUUGUGUCAGCGUCUACUUCCUGGACUAUCUGGAAUGAUCCAGUGACAGGCAAACAUAGGCGAUCUUCAGCUGCGGAUGCCCUUCUCUGGGCGCCAGAUCAGCAAAGGAGAACUUUGACCGUGCUUGCCAACCAUACCGUCACGAGAGUAACCUUUGACAAAGGCCUCAAGGCAACUGGAGUGGUUUUUGCAAGCAGAUCAACUAAAGGCACGGCCAGACUUUACACUGUUAGGGCCAGAAAGUCUGUGAUCCUCUCCACGGGCACAUUAGCCACACCGGCAAUCCUAGAGCGCUCUGGGGUCGGCAAGGCGAGUGUCCUGUCGGCUGCCAAGGUUAAACAAUUGAUUGAUCUGCCGGGCGUUGGUGCGAACCUUAAUAAACAUCAGAGUGAUGCUUCCCUGGUAGACGAUGGCAAGCUUUUCGGCCCAGAGACCUCUUUGAUCAACAUCGACGAGAUAUGGGCUACUAAUGCUUAUGCGAUUGCGGAGUCCUUGACAUCUCCGGCAAAUCUUGCGUCUCGAGCCGAGCACCUCGUCAAUGCCGGCGCAGCGGUGAGCAUCGCCGGCGCCGAGAUGCCCGUUGCCGAGUUCAUCGCCGAGACGUACCCAGCCGUCUUUGGCGCCCAUUUCUGGCCUCUGAUGCCCCUAUCAAGAGGCCAUGUACAUAUUCAUUCCGCGGACCCAUUCAAGUUUCCCAUUAUCAUGCCCCGUUUCCUCACAGACCAGUUUGAUCAGCAGGUGGCGGUUACAGUAUCACGUAUUUCACGAGCACUCUGGGCCAGUAAAGCGUUUGAGGGUUUUGUUGACGACGCUUACUAUGACCCCAAGAUUGGUCCCAACGGUACGGAUGCGGAGUAUCUCGAGUGGUUCGAAAGGACGGCUAGGGCUGCGAGUCACUGGCUUGGGUCAACAGCUAUGAUGCCAAGGCACCUGGGCGGAGUGGUAGACUCCCGAUUACGGGUCUACGGAACCAAGAACCUCCGCGUCGUUGAUGCUGGUAUCCUCCCAUUCCAGAUCACCUCCCACAUGAUGUCAACUUUGUAUGCUGUUGCCCAGAAAGCAGCGCAACUCAUCUUGGAGGACUGCAACUAG